AUGGAAGACAUCAGGUGUUUUGAUUCAAGUUGUUCUCUAAAGCCUCAAGGAUUCUGUGAGUGUUUAAACGAAACUACGCUAUUUUGUGAGCGACAUUGCUUUAGCCACCUUCAAAGUCUCCAAGACACGAAUCAUAAGCUUCAAGAUCUUUGGCAUUCUCCAUACGAAGAAACUCGACAAACAGUAAUAAAUGAAGCCCACAAGCUUAAAAAAGACAUAAAAACUAGUAAAAAAUACUUGAUUGAAGAAUAUAACAAAAUAUUUCACUGUCUAAAUGAAUAUAAAAACAAUUCAUUUUCAAUCUUAAACAGUGUGGAGAAAAAGGCAAAUGAGCUAAUCAAAGCCGCAUCCUAUAUAAAAGAAGUUCCAACAUAUCCUAAAGUCAAUGAUUAUCAGCUUAUUUUAAGACUGAAACCUGCUGAAGCAAAGUAUAGAGCAAGAACUUGAAGGAUAAGAAAUCAUUGAAUCAGAACUAUUGCCAUUAUAGAUGUCAUCAAAAAUUCAUUUAAAUUGACAAAUAUAAGUCCAUUUCAAGAAAUCUGUGGAUUUUACAAUUAUACAGAGAACAUAUUCUACUUUGGAGACCAUACCAAGGAGCUUAAAGAAUAUAAUCUUGCUAAUAGAAAACUUAUAAAGACCGUUUUAAAUAUAAAAGAAACACUAUGGAACAAUAUAUCAGUAUGCUACCUUCCAGAUGGAAGCAUAUUUUGCUAUGGAAAUUGAUUAAAUAAUGUUGUGAAUGGAACUACAUUCAUAGUUGAUAAAGGAAAAAAAGUAGUGGAGCUGCCUGCAGGUAAAAGCAACUGUGAUUUAAGCUCAGUUUUGUAUAAUGAUCAUGUUUACUGCUUAGGAGGAGUGUCUGGAGUGUCAGAAAAAUUCUGUUUAAAGAAAAAAACUUGAAAAUCUCUUUGCCCUCUUCCUGGUGGAAAUUAUCAAUAUAGUACGAGCUUUAUUUUUUGUGAUAUUUUAUUAUUAACAAGUCUGCGCUCUAAUGCUUUAUGGAAAUAUGAUAUCAAUAAAAACACUUUUAAGCAGAUUCAAGGCCUUGAAUUAGCACGCGAUUUUUACAAAAGAGGAUUUGCUGGAAAUAUAAGAGCCUAUAUUAUUGAAACCUCACAAAAAAUAAUAUAUACUGCAAAUAUAAAUUAUUUUUUAACGAUUUUGCAAAUAAAAAUACUGAUUAUUAAUAUAAUACUAGGUAUAUGAAAGUGAAGAAUUAAAUCCAUUGAAUUGGAAAAUUAUUGGAAGCAAUGCAGUUAGCAAUUCAUAUAUUUGAUCAUUUGGGGCUUAUUAUGAUAGUAAUUUGUGGUUUAUCAAUUCCAAAAGCGAGCUCAUUAUGUUUGGCCUUGAGUCCAAAAAAUUUGAAUUAAUUAGAAAAAUUUAA